AUGGCUCCACCAGAAGUGCAUCAGCUCUUUCACCGGCCGAUUGCUGACCAUUCCUUCUCCGCUGACAAGCAAACGCUGGCUGUUGCGAGAGAUACCAGCGUCGAGCUCUAUGGACGAACUGGCAGCGGGUUCGCCUUGAAGGAUGAGUUAAAGGGACAUGACAAGACUGUCACCAGUGUAGAUAUUGCGCUGGAAAGUGGCCGAAUCGUGACCUGCUCGCAAGGUAUUUCUUUCCUCGCCAAUUCCACCCCUUUUCUCUAUUUGAGCUCUACUAACACGAACCUUCUACAGACAGAAAUGCCUUAGUAUGGGAACCCUCUCCAACUGGUUACAAGCCAACUCUCGUUCUCCUCCGAAUCAAUCGUGCAGCAACCUUCGUACGCUGGUCGCCCUCCGAGACCAAGUUUGCUGUAGGAUCCGGCGCUAGAGUCAUCGCCAUCUGUUACUUCGAGGAGGAGAACGACUGGUGGGUAUCCAAGCAUCUCAAAAAGCCCAUCCGAAGCACCAUAACUACCGUCGCAUGGCAUCCAAACUCCGUUCUUUUGGCAGCAGGAUCAACAGAUGCGCACGCCAGAGUCUUCUCAAGUUUUAUCAAGGGUGUAGACGCUAGACCAGACCCUGGAGUUUGGGGAGAGCGGCUACCAUUCAACACUGUUUGCGGAGAGUAUCUCAAUAACUCAGCGGGUUGGGUCCAUGCUGUUUCUUUCUCCCCAAGUGGAGACGCCCUUGCUUUUGCGGCUCAUGACAGCAGCAUCACAGUUGUUUAUCCAAAUGGUGCUGAUCAGCCUCCUAAGGCUGUCAUCAGUGUCAGUACUCAACUACUACCAUUUAUGAGUCUCAUCUGGAACGGUGAGGCGGAGAUUAUUGCGGCUGGUUAUGACUGCGAGGCGUACCGAUUCAAGGGUAACGAGGGGGGUUGGCAGCUUACUGGUUCUCUUGAAUCCAAAGGCGGACCAGCCGAGGAGCGAGAAGAAUCUGCAUUCAAUAUGUUCAAGCAGAUGGACUUGAAGGGUAAGACGAAGGAUGAUACCCAGUUGAAAACUGUCCACCAGAACACUAUUAGUACUAUUCGUAUCUAUGAGGGUUCCAAUGGUGCAGUUCAGAAGUUCAGCAGUAAGUUUUGCCUACCUAGUAUUCAACCUCGCAAUCAGAGAAUGCUAACAUUGUUCAGCGAGUGGUGUGGAUGGCAGGAUUGUCAUUUGGAAUUCAUAGGUUGGUUAGAUAUUGCCUAUGCUGGUAUUUGCUCUAGAACAACAAAUCCAUGAUACCACUGGAGACGAAAUCUCUAUCCCUCCUGACUCGUGAAGCGUGCCUGCGAUAAUGUAAUCAAGCACAUGAGAUAUAAUAAUUGACAAAGUGUUUAGAUUGUCAAGUGUGACAAUCCUCUUUCUUUCAUGAUUGUUA